AAAAAAUAAAUAAAUAUUAUGACCAAAUAUCAAAGAAUUAAUUUCCAAAAUUUCAAAAAUCAUUUAAAUACGCCAAACGAAACAAGUGAUCGUGAAGGCGUCAUCAACAGUGGUGAUAGUGUUGUAGUGAUCAAAGAAGAAUACUCACCACCAUCAGCUUCAAUGAUUCAUUUUCAAUUUAAUAACUCCAACAGUUUGCAACAACAAAAUCUUGCCCAUCAACAUAGUCAGCAACAACAACAACAUCAGCAGCAGCAGCAACAUCAUAAUCAACACCAUCAUCAUCAUCAACAGCAGCAGCAGCAGCAGCAUCAUCACCAUCAACAACACCAACAAUUGCAAACGUUUUUAAGUCGCUUCAAUGCCCAAACUAGCUCAGUCUCUUCAAACCUCUGUGAUUCCCUAACGCCACAGGUUAAUGCUGCCUCCUUGAAUUCUUGCAGUUUUCGCAGCAGCUUCAAUGAGUCCGCUAAUACCCUCGAUUCUCACAAUCUUACACCCUCGCCCAUAUUUACGGAUUACGAUGAGAAUAGCCUCAGCUCAGAGGAGCAUGUGUUGGCACCUUUGGUCUGUGCCAAUGCCCAAUCGUCUCGACCCUGUCUGACAUGGGCCUGCAAGGCGUGUAAAAAGAAAAGUGUUGCUGUGGACCGUCGCAAAGCGGCCACAAUGCGUGAGCGACGGCGUUUAAGAAAGGUUAAUGAGGCUUUUGAGCUGUUGAAACGACGUACUUCCUCAAAUCCAAAUCAGCGUUUGCCGAAGGUUGAGAUACUACGAAAUGCCAUCGAAUACAUUGAGAGUUUGGAGGAUCUGCUGCAGGAGUCAUCACCUAUUCGAACAAUGGAUAAUUUGACUGACACAAUAAGUGGGAAGUCUUGUCAUCAGGAGUAUUUGAACUCGUAUACAGGUGCGUAUAUGUAUCACAGAUUGAAUGUCUUCUAUCACGAUCACGAUGAGGGAGCAUCCGGCGGAUUUAAAGAUUCGUACGAUUCAUCAUCCUCACCGAAUGGUUCCAGUUUAGAUUGUCUCAAUUUGAUUGUGCAGAAUAUCAACAAGUGCACCAAUGCUGGCACUACCUCCUCCGCAACAGGCACAGGCAAUAAGACAGCAACAAUAUCGCCGACAAAUUUGCCAACAACAGCGACAAUGCAAGCAAACAGCAUACACAAUGGACAUAAUAUCAGGCAGCCAACAUCCAAUGGCAGCAGUAAUUCCUCCAAUGUCAUGGGAGGAAAUCCAGCGUUAAAAAAUAUGUCAAAUGUACGCCUAGGACACCAUCAUCCUCAUAAUGGUACAACAGCGAAGACAACAUCGCUAGCACCUCCACUACCACCACCAUCUCAUACAACAUCAGUCCAAUCCUCACCAGCAACGGUGUCCCCAGCAGCAACAGCACCAUCAUCAGUCACAUCACAUUCAUCAUUGAAUGCAACAUUUAAGCAAAAAUGUACAACAUGAACGCAUAGGCCGUGAGCCAGUGAUAGCUACAUGAGGAUGUUGAAUGAAACUUGCUGAUCCUUUCCACCUCUAGUGUAGAUAGUUGAUAGGAACUUUGGUAUCUUCCAUGCUGUUGUUGCAGAAGUGCGUGUGUGGCAAGUUGCUAGUAGCGAAUUUCCCCCUCAAGAUUUAUAGCAUAAAGCCAAAGAUUAAGUGAGUGAAGAACUUAACCAAAGAUCAAAAAACCAAAGACCAAAUGUAUUUUUUAAGGAAGCAACACAUGUAAGAUAAAUUGUUUAAGAUACAUUUAUAAGGAUGUAAGUAAAUAACAAAGGAAAAAGGAAAUUCUCGCCGCAAACCAAUAUUUUAAGUCAAACAAAAAUGGAAAUCAGUCCUUAUCUAGACACUAUGACGCCCCAAAGUGAGGGGAUAUAAGUACGAGUAUUCUAUAUGUUCUUCAGUGAUCACGAUAAUUGUUCUUGUGUGUUCACAUUAAGAGUUCGAGAUGUUUGCCAACCAUAACCAGGUAAUUUUAAAAUCUCUGUAAUGUCACUUGUGUACAUUAGGUUUUCAGUUUACGUCCACCAAACGACUGCAUCAUACAAAAAGAAAUUUGUAUAUGUUGAGAUGAACAGUCAUUAAUUUGAAAUGUAACAUAAAUAUAACAUAAAAAUUUAGGCUGCCUACCAUAUCGUAUCUGUUGUAAGGAUAUGAAGAAGGGCUAUGAUAAAGAGACCUUUGUGCUUCACUUAUACUUCAUUUCUUCAUUUCAUUUCUUUACACGAUUCUGCAUGGAUUUAGAAGAUGUUGUAGCUAAGGACUCGCAAAGAGAAAUUAAAUCCAUAAAGAUCACUAUAAAGCUGCUAAAGAACUGAAUGAACUUAUUAAGACCACCUAAGAACUGGUGAUAGAAGCAAAGAUUUUCACACGACUUGCAUAGUCUUUAUAUUCACAAUGGUAUACAUACAGUAUUGACAAGGAUUUAGAGCAAUCUAAGCAUGACAAAGCUAGCUAUGCAACGCGCUCUUGGUUCCUUCAGUCUAACAAAAUAUGGUUUAGAACAAAAUACCAAAAAGGUUUAUUGAAUUCGGCUCGACUACGACGAUGUUCAAAUGGAAGACACUACUUUAAAUGAUGCUUAUCAUUAACAUUAGACUUUUAUGUGGAUUUUUUUUUUUAAAUCGUCUAUAUCGUUCGAAGCCAUCAAUACAACUUCCAAAAGAUGCACAAAUGACAUGUGUCCUCCAAUUAGUCCUCCACUACAAAGAAAAACAUAUGCGGUGGAAAAGAACAGCUAGUGUGAAAGGUGUUAAACGUGGUUAGUGUCGUGCUUACAUCGUAGACACGUUUUCGCGGUAUAUUCGAUAUAAUUACAUGCAUGGCCGUUGAAGUUGAGCUGAGGCCUCCUUUUUAUAACGGCGUGCCGCAUUGGGACACCGAACGGCGUGCCGCAUUAGGACACCCCUUUUGAGAAAAGUUUUACAUGGCAUAGUAUCUCACAAAUGUUGCCAGCAUUAGGAGGGGAAAACCACCGCUGAAAAAAAAAUUUUUCUGAUUGUCUCGCCAGGAUUCGAACCCAGACGUUCAGCGUCAUACGCAGACAUGCUAACCUCUGCGCUACGGUGACCUCCCAUCACCAUGGAUUCUGUUAAAACUUUAUACAAAAUAAAAAGUUGUAGGUCAUAGUUUUAUUCUACUAACCAAACUUCUGUUAAACCAGCAAAAAUUAAAGCUUCCAGAAACCGAACAAGGAUGAUCGAGAGACCGGUUUACAUAGGAGCUAUAUCAGGUUAUAGAU